CUCUUCCUGAGAUUGUGUUUGUGUCUGACGCUGGGACUGAAGCUCGCUCUUGCUGUCUUAGACUGCUAAUCUCUCACACACACACACACACACACACACACACACGGCUGUAGAGCAGCUCAUGGCACGUCUCAGUUAGUCGUGUCUCUGUCUGUCUGCGGAUCUGCUGUCGCUCUGCCCAGACAUCUGUGGAUUUGAUGGUGCUGUGGCGUGUGUGUCCUCAGCUGCUGGAGGAGUAUGGGUACGACUGCCAGCGCUGCUCCCCAGCCCACGCUGCAUGAGAGUUUCCACGGCAACGGGAUGACGGACAGCAGGCGGUCGGCGAGCUCCGCCUCCUUCCAGGCGCUCAGCAUCCACAACAACAAGGCCAAGUCCAUCAUCACUAAUAAAGUGGCUCCUGUGGUCAUCACGUAUAACUGCAGACAGGAGUUUCAGAUCCACGAUGAUGUCCUCCGUACGAAUUAUAAAGUUGGGAGGAUCUCGGACAACAUGCCUGAGCACCAUCUGGUCCAGGGAUCCUUCUUCAUGGUGCAGGACGUGUUCAGUAAAGCAGACGUCCUCAGCACCAGCGGCUCGUACGGAGCGCCCAACUUCCGCCGGAGCAAAGGCAGCUUCCCGCUGUACGGCAUGGGCCAGCCCAGCCUGGGUGGCUUCAAACAGGUCCUCCAGAGACUGCAGGGUGAAGGCCAUCAGGAGGUGAUUUUCUUCUGUCUGCGAGAGGAGCCGGUGGUGUUCCUGCGUUCGGACGGAGACUUUCUUCCCUACACUCCCAGGAGGAAGGAGAACCUUCAUGAGAACCUGCACGAUCUCGGACGCCAGGCGUGCUCGGAGAACCUGGAGCUCACCAUCAGACGAGAGCUUCACGACUUCGCCAAACUCAACAACAACGUGUUUCACGUCUACAACGACAUCGAGCAUUUUAAAGGAGAGCCCCAGAAGAUCUGCAUCAGCGGUGAAGAAGACAUGCACGUCACCGAGGAGGUGUACAAGCGUCCGCGCUUCACCAUGCCCUCGUACAGGUAUUACCGUCUGCCGCUGCCCACGGAGCGAGCGCCGCUCGAGGAACAGUUCGAUGCCUUCGUCAACGCUCUCCGGGAGAAUCCGUCUCUGUCCUUGAGUCGUGACGCGUCGCGGUCUCUUCCCGCUCUGCUGUUCAGCUGUCAGGUGGGAGUCGGCCGAACGAAUCUGGGAAUGAUCCUGGGAUCUCUGGUGAUGACGCACCUGACACGGGCGACCCAGGAGCCCUCAGCACCAGCCGAAGAGGAUGUGACAGAGAAACCCAAAAUGCAGUUCUGGGUUAUUCAGACCCUCAUCAGUAAGCUGCCUAAAGGUCAAGAGGUCAUGGAAGAGGUGGACCGAGCCAUCGAUCUGUGCUCGGAGAUGCACGACAUCCGAGAGGCGAUUUACGAGAACAAACAGAAGCUGGAGGGAAUCGGCGAAGACUAUCAGAUCCAGGGAAGCAGCACUAAAGAUUACUUCCUCCAUCGAACUCUACAGAGUCUGGAGCGAUAUUUCUACCUGAUCGUCUUUAACGCUUACCUGCAUGAACAGUAUCCGCUGGCGUUCGCCUGUAGUUUCAGCCAAUGGCUGUGCUCUCACGCCUGGAUGUACCGCCUCCUCUCCUGCAUGAACCAAUCAGAGCUCAGAGCUCCAGCUGACCUGCUCACGAAAGGAGCUCGAGUUCUGGUUGCAGAUGAAUAUUUAGCGCCUGACGUUCUGAGCACCAUUAAGCAGAUGAAAGUGGCUAAUUUCAGACGAGUGCCCAAGAUGUCUAUCUAUGGGAUGGCACAGCCCACAUCUGAGGCGACCGGAGCCGUUCUGGAGUAUCUGACGGAUGAGAAGAGGAAACACAGCAGUGUAUUGUGGGUGAAUUUACAGGAUGAGCUGGUUGUGGAGGGUAACGGCCAGAUCUUCUGUCCCAGAGAGCCCACGCGUGUGGACCAGCACAUAUGUGUGCCCUCGUCCCAGACGCAGCAGAUCGAGAUGCUGGAAACGGCUCUGAAAGAGGAACUCGUGGGAAGUCAGAAAUGGCUUGAGGUGACUCUGGAGCAGGAGAAGCAGAUGAAGAUGUUCAAGAGCUGUGUGACGGUGCAGGAGAUCUUUAACCAGCACAAGAGUUCACACCAGGGACUGCGGUACACACGGAUACCCUUCCCAGAAUGCUCUGCUCCGACUGAAGAGGGUUUUGACAGGCUGCUGGAGGCGAUGAAGUCUUGUCUCGCUGAAGACUCUCUCUCUGCGUUUGUCUUUAACUGCUCUAAUGGUAAAGAACGGACGACCACAGCAAUGGUGAUCGCUGCGCUCACGCUCUGGCACUUCAACGGUUUUCCAGAGUCUUGCGAGGAUGAAAUCGUAAGCGUUCCUGAUGCCAAAUACACAAAGGGCGAGUUUGAGGUGGUGAUGAAGCUGGUGCGCUUGCUCCCUGACGGUCACCGGAUGAAGCGGGAGGUUGAUCUGGCGUUAGACUCGGUCAGUGAGACCAUGACGCCGCUGCACUAUCACCUGCGAGAGAUCAUCAUCAGCACCUACAGACAGAUCAAGAGCUCUAAAUGUGAGCCGGAGAUCCAGGCUCUGAGGCUGAAGAGUUUGCUGUAUCUGGAGCGCUACAUGUACCUGAUCCUCUUCAACACGUACCUGCACCUGGAGAAGAGAGACUCGUGGCAGCGCUCCUUCAGCGACUGGAUGCUGCAGGUGGCGGCUCGGGCUGGAGUUUAUGAGCUGUUGAAUCAGUUGGGCUUCUCUGAGUUUGAGGACCUGAGAGACUCAACCCUCUGUCGUCUCCGACAUCGCUGGCAACAGCAGAACCGCCACGGGCUCCCGUUCAGAGGAGAAUUCAUCUGAGAAACCUCUUCAUUUGAAGGACGUCCACCUGUUUUUGACCAGUAGCUGAAGUGUGAAGGACUAGAUCUUAAACCCACUGUGAGGAACUCUAAUAAGAACACAAGAUGAUCAGAUGAUGUUGCAUGAAUAUUCAUGAGCUCUCACAUGUGGAUGCUCAUUUAUAAAUGUACUUUCUGGCUUUUUUCUCUUUCUGUGCAGGUCUCUCACAUCUAUUAUUAACUUAACAGGACUCUUUUUACAUUACUUUUAGCUUUAGAUUAUUAUUUGACGUGUCUUUGCUUGUAUAGUUUAUUCACUCUGUUCUUUUUUUAACAUUUGAAGGCUGCAGGAACUAUAAUGUUGAGUUUCUCAUGAUGAAGACUUUUAUAAAGGCGGACUCCAUUAAAAUUCUUUUGUAACAGGAA